CCCACGGCUACGACACAGGAAGUCGGAAGCGAGUGUUUGGACAACGGAGAAGGGAAGAGCAACCGCGGACCCGGGACUUUUUCGGAGCGCCGAGGCCCUUGGAGCGCUUUCCGCUUUCCGCCCUCCGCCCCCGCCCUUCUCACGUCUGACCGAGUCUGCUGACAGACCCUGACGUGUUGGAUGAGCAGACACCUCUGGAAGAAUCAGCUGUGUGAGAUGGUGCAGCCCAGUGGCGGCCUGGUAGGGGACCAGGACGUGCUGGGUGAAGAAUCUUCUCUGGGGAAGCCGGCCAUGCUGCAUCUGCAGUCAGACCAGAGCACUCCUGAGACACUUCAGCGCUGCCUGGAAGAGAAUCAAGAGCUCCGAGAUGCCAUUCGGCAGAGCAACCAGAUGCUGCGGGAGCGCUGUGAGGAGCUGCUGCACUUCCAGGUCUGCCAGAGGGAGGAGAAGGAGUUCCUCAUGCGCAAAUUCCAGGAGGCCAGGAAGCUGGUGGAAAGACUGGGCCUGGAGAAGCUUGAAAUGAAGAGGCAGAGGGAGCAGGCCCUGCAGGAGGUGGAGCACCUGAAGAGGUGCCAGCAGCAGAUGGCUGAGGACAAGGCCUCAGUGAAAGCCCAGGUGACAUCCUUGCUGGGGGAGCUCCAGGAGAGCCAGAGUCGCUUGGAGGCCGCCACUAAGGAACGGCAGGCUUUGGAGGGCAGGGUACGGGCAGCCAGCGAGCAGGCCAGGCAGCUGGAGAGUGAGCGGGAGGCGCUGCAGCAGCAGCACAGUGUGCAGGUAGACCAGCUGCGCAUACAGAGCCAGAGCAUGGAGGCCGCCCUGCGCAUGGAGCGCCAGGCCGCCUCGGAGGAGAAGCGGAAGCUGGCCCAGUUGCAGGUGGCCUAUCACCAGCUCUUCCAAGAAUAUGACAACCACAUCAAGAGCAGCAUGGGGGGCAGUGAGCGGAAGCGAGGAAUGCAGCUGGAAGAUCUCAAGCAGCAGCUGCAGCAGGCCGAGGAGGCCCUGGUGGCCAAGCAGGAAGUUAUUGACAAGCUGAAGGAAGAGGCUGAGCAGCACAAGAUUGUGAUGGAGACUGUUCCGGUCCUGAAGGCUCAGGCGGAUAUCUACAAGGCGGACUUCCAGGCUGAGAGGCAGGCCCGGGAGAAGCUUGCUGAGAAGAAGGAGCUUCUGCAGGAGCAGCUGGAGCAGCUGCAGAGGGAGUACAACAAGCUGAAGGCCAGCUGCCAGGAGUCGGCCAGGAUUGAGGAUAUGAGGAAGAGGCAUGUAGAGGUCUCCCAGCCACCCCUGCCCCCCGCGCCAGCUCCUCACCACUCCUUUCACCUGGCCCUACCCGGCCAGAGGAGAAGCCCCCCUGAGGAACCGCCCGACUUCUGCUGUCCCAAGUGCCAGUAUCAAGCUCCUGAUAUGGACACCCUGCAGAUACAUGUCAUGGAGUGCAUCGAGUAGGGCCAACGAGUGCAAGGCCACCUGCAGAUGACAUGCCCAGGACCAUGCAGUCAGUGCCUUCCUCUCCUGCCUGCUUAGUCUGAGAUUAAGGACUAGAUGACAGAGAGUGGGCUGCUGCUUCAAGCCCCAGGAGCUAGCUGCAGGGCCUCUUCCCCUCCCCACCAGGGAGCUCAAGGACGGAAUGAUUCAUACUCUUUUCAUUCUAUUUUUCCAUGAACUUCUUGAAACACCCUCAUACCUUUUCCUGCUUUGACUUUGCUAUUAGUGUUUUUUGGUCUUGAACUUUUUUAUCUUCAUGUAGUCACAUUUAUCCAUUUUUUUUCUUUCACUGCUUUGGGUUUGGAGUUGUGGUCACCUCCCAGUCUGACAGAAGGAUGCUUCACACAUGUACACUUUCCUUUUUCUGACACCCGAAGCAUGCUUGUCUUUGUCAAGAGCAUUAUCGCCCAGUGAGAGCAGUGGUGACAGUGUUUGAUCACAUUCUAGGAGUUUGUGAUGCCGUUUCCUACACUAACCCCAAAUACUGUUGCCUAGCAAAUUGAAGCCACUUGAUGGUGACUGGCGGAAUAUGAAUAACAGAGGACUCUUCUCUUGUUUUGCAAGGUUCUGGACAUUUCUUAGGAUGUCAAAGCUGUGGGCAUUAACCCUGUAAGGGAAAGGAAGUCGGGAAGGAAUGCAGCGUGUCUGCACCACGGACUCCUCAGUGCUGGGCCUGCCUUCCUGCCCUCUUCCACACCCCCCUGCUAGGGAGUGUGAUGUCGUGAAUCCGUUUCUGGGCUUUCUCACAGGGCUUCCUGCUAUUUGACAGUGAGAGGGAUGAUAGUAUUAUGAUAUAGGCCUUCUGAAAAUAAGCCUGGGCUGGGGGCUUGCUCAAAUCUGCAGGGGGUAGAGAGUGACUUUUCCAUUUCCUAAAGCCCAGGCAUCUAUCACAUUACACUUUGAGAAAAUGUUAAAGGUACAGACAGGUUCUCUGCUCGUGGUAUUGCAUUUAAAUCCUAAUCUUAUAAUUUUUCUAAAAGGACACUUCUAGGUUUUUUUUUUUUUUUGUGGGGAGGUGGUAUGAGUUUUCUGUGGCUGCUGUAACAAAUUACCACAAAUAUGGUGACUUAAAACAACAGAAACUCAUUCUUUCACGGUUUUGGAAGGCAGAAGUCUGAAAUGAAGUUGUCAGCGGGGUUGGUUUCUCUGAGAAUCAGCUGCAGGUCUCUCUCCCAGCUUCUGGUGGUGGCCAGUAAUCCCUGGCGUUCCUUUGCUUGUAGACUCCAAUCUCUGUUUCUGUGGUCAUGUGGCCUCCUCCUCUUUGUGUCUUGUCUUCUGUCUCUUAUAAAGACACCAGUCAUUUAAUCCAGGAUGAUCUCCUCAUUCUCACCUUCAUUACAUUUGCAGAGACCCUUUUCCCAGAUGAGGUCAUGUUCACAUACAUGUUCUGGGGUUUAGGACAUGCACAUAUCUUUUCGGGUUCACCAGCCCACUAUGGGGACAUCUUCCAAAGCCACAGAUUAGGGCAAAUGCAGUCUGAAGGCAGGUGACUCCAGGACCUGCAGCUCUGCUAGAGGGACUUGGUUUUUAGGGUAACAGUGGCCGCCAGGCUGAAGAGUUUGGUGCAGGGCAGGUCUUUGCCCUUCUGGGCAUAGGGACAUCUCGUCUCCAGGUGGACAUCACUGCUGGGGCCAGUGGACAUAGUGGGAGAGCUGAGUAGGCUGCAGUAUGAUGGAGCUGUUGGGCCACCUGUGUCCUGGGUAGUGGCCACCAGCUGUGUGGGGAUGGGCUUUGUGCUUCUCAGGAGGGCGAACAGAGGCUCAUAUGAGCCCUUUUCUGACUAGCACUCUCUUCUGAAAGGGACUUGAAAGCAGACGGGACCCAGGAACAGCGAGAGAGGCAUUUGUUUUCUCGAGGAGCUUUUCCACAUGGGCUGCACAGCAACAUUGUCUGGAAGUUUGAAAAAUGCUCCUGCUUGGGGCUCUGGACCAGUUGAAUCAGAAUCUGGGGCUGGGAACAGGCAUUGGUUGAGACCCACCGCCUUUCCCAGAGGCUGGGUGCCCUUGCUCCCUGUCUCCUUCCUCUGUAGCACCGCGUAGGGCUGGCCGUACAUUAGGUACCAAGGAUUUUGAAACUUACCAUUUGCCCAGAAAUGGGUUGAUUGCUUUCAUCCUUCCUGGGUUUACUUAGGUUGAACUUCUAGAACAACUGGUUGGAUUGCUGUGGGG